AAGUGGUGGUAAUACUAGCACCUUCCUCCCAGGGCUGUUGUGAGGAUCCAACGAGAUGACAUAUGUAAAGAAUAAUGGACACUCUAGUUGUUGGAUUAUUAUCCAGCAAGUGACAUGGGCAGGCCUAGACCUCAGUCUCUGCCCUUGGCCUAGUAUUUUCUCUUCCCUGAUACUAUCCUAUUUCCCAGGGAACUUGUAGUGUGGCCAUGGGGAAAGAUGGUAGCCCUCCUAGGAGAGCCCCUGGUUCUGCUGACGCUAGUGACUUUGUUGGUGUUCGGAGAGGCACCAGGGGCCUUCUGUGGCUUGGGGAAGACACAUCCCUCUGGAGCCCCUGGGAUAUGGGGGCUUUGGGGCUCUUCGGCCAUCUUCCGUCCCUGCCAUCUAAUCCCUGGCCAGAUCGUGUGAUCUGGCUGGCAUUCCCCCUGCUGGAGUCUGGCACUUUGGCCAGCAGCUGCUGUGCCAGGGGAGCGGGGCACUGGUCAUGACUGACCGCCCUCCUCUGCCCACCCUCCCUCUCUCUCUAACCUGCACUUUUCAGAUUAGGAAGGACACAGCGUGGGAGCUUGGAGUGGCAGCCCCCCAAGGCCUUUGGUUGCUGUCCUGAGGCCCAGCUGCCUGGGAAUCCGCCACCAUUCGGUGCUGUGGUAACAUGAUGGCCCCGGAGGACGACGCGGGCGGGGAGAUCCCUGGGGGCAGUUUCUGGGAGGCUGGGAACUACAAACGGACAGUCCAACGUGUGGAGGAUGGCCACCGGCUCUGCGGGGACCUAGUCAGUUGUUUUCAGGAGCGAGCCCGAAUUGAGAAGGCCUAUGCCCAGCAGCUGGCUGACUGGGCCCGCAAGUGGAGGGGGGCUGUGGAGAAGGGCCCCCAGUACGGCACUCUGGAGAAGGCAUGGCACGCCUUCCUAACGGCAGCAGAGCGACUGAGUGCCUUGCACCUAGAAGUCCGGGAUAAGCUCCAUGGGGAGGACAGCGAUCGGGUUCGAGCCUGGCAGCGGGAAGCCUUCCACCGGCCUGUCCUGGGAGGCUUCCGAGAGAGUCGGGCAGCAGAAGAUGGCUUCCGAAAAGCCCAGAAACCGUGGGUGAAGAGGCUGAAGGAGGUGGAAGCCUCCAAGAAGAGCUACCACUCAGCACGGAAGGAGGAGAAGACAGCGCAGACACGGGAGAGCCAUGCGCGUGCUGACAACGCUGUGUCCCAGGACCAGCUGCGGAAGCUUCAAGAGCGGGUGGAGCGUUGUGGCAAGGAGGCUGAGAAGACAAAAGGCCAGUAUGAGCAAACGCUGGCGGAGCUUCACCGCUAUACCCCCCGUUACAUGGAGGACAUGGAACAGGUUUUUGAAGGAUGUCAGACGGCAGAGCGCCAGCGCCUUCUCUUCUUCAAAGACAUGCUGCUCACCUUCCACCAGCAUCUUGACCUCUCUGGCAAUGACAGGUUCCAGCAGCUCCACCGGGACCUGCAUCAGGGCAUCAUGGCUGCCAAUGAUGAAGAGGACCUACGCUGGUGGCGUAGCACCCACGGGCCAGGCAUGGCAAUGAACUGGCCACAGUUUGAGGAGUGGUCUUUGGACACUCAGCGGACAAUUAGCCGGAAGGAGAAAGGAAGCCGGAACCCGGAUGAAGUGACAUUGACCAGCAUCGUGCCCACAAGGGAUGGCUCUGUGCCCCCUCCACAGUCACCAGGAAGCCCAGGCAGGAAUGGGCAGGAUGAGGAGUGGUCAGAUGAUGAGAGUCCCCGGAAGGGUGCUACGGGGGUCCGGGUGCGAGCUCUGUAUGAUUACUCAGGCCAGGAGGCAGAUGAGCUGAGUUUCAGAGCAGGUGAGGAGCUGCUGAAGAUGAGCGAUGAGGAUGAACAGGGCUGGUGCCAGGGUCAGCUACAGAGUGGGCGCAUUGGCCUUUAUCCUGCCAACUACGUGGAAUGUGUGGGGGCCUGAUGGCUCUCUGCCGGCCUGGGUCAGAGCUCAGCCACCCCCCCCCAACCCAUCCUCUUUCUCCUAUGUCAGUGAGCUGCACCAGUGAGCUCUGGUGGGGAGGGAGGGUGUUUUUGGGACUUGGGGCGGGGAGACGGCCUGGGAAAGCAUGAGACUAUUGAAAGGAAGGGUUCCAACCUUGGGCAGGGAACUGCAGGGCUGAAGGAGAGGUUCUGGGCCUCCCCCCUUCUCCCUGCAGCUUCCUGAGGCGAGAUGCCCCUGGACUCGGCUUCUCUGUGCCAAGGGGGUGGGGUAGUUCUGGUCUAGUGGCCUUCCUCUCCUCUAACUAUGGUUUGUUCCUAAUGUGCAUUAAACUUGAGAAACGACACUAGA